UAUGUGGGUUCCAUUUGUGUGACUGAUCUAGUCCCACUCUUAAUCACAAAGUCACCGUGUGCACAAAGUCGUGAGAGGGACAGGUAGGCUUAGGCUUAGGGUUAGGGUUAAAGGUUAGGCUUAGGGUUAAAAGUAGGCCUCACUUCCUUGUGCACAGUAGCCUUUGAACUUCUAUCUGUCCAAAUCAUUGUUCGGAAACAUAGGAAAAGCUUCAUAAAAUGCGCAUCAACGUGCUUUCUGAGUGAUAAGAAUUGAAGGUUUAAUUUACUCUCCAGCCCAGGACCGCUCUCCUCUGCGCUCAUGUUUUUCCCUUUCUGAUUUCACAUUAUUGCUGAUUGGGUGCUUAUCACCAUGGAAACCUUCCUCCAACCUCUGAGUUAAAUCGGUAAUCUUGAAAACAUGCUGCGUCAUGCUGGGAUCACCAGGGCUUUCAUAGGGUGCCUGUGGCUUUGGUACAUAGCCCUUCAACCUGCUGUGUAGUGCAUGCGUGAUUCCCGUUUGUGCUGCUAAUACCUUUGUCCUGCCAGGUGAAAUGUUCGAACUGGGAAUAUUGCAGUUGUGCCUGUGGUUGUGUUCUGAUUAAAGUCAGUCCUUUUCUAAAUGUGGUGAUACUUCAGCCACCUUUCCAGAAAUGUGCCACGCUUUGCGGUUUGGUCAUUCAACAAGCGUGUAGCCAGACUGCCUGCCCAUUUUUGUCGGACAACCUGUACUACAAGUGCUCCUCUGCCCUGUAGGGGGCCCCACCCCCCGGCAUAUUUUCUGUGCCAGGCUGAAAGUGGCAUUUUUCAGAUAUGUCCAGCCUGUGUGGCUGUGCUAUCUGUGACCAGUCUUAAUUGUAACUGCAUUGUGCGUGGCUGUGCUGUAUGUGACCAGCCUAUGUGUCACUGCACUUCCUGGAUGCACUGUGAUUGGCCCUUGUGUCUGUGCUGCUUGCUUCACUGCCUGUGUGGCUGUGCUGUGUGUAAUCAGCCCAUGUGUGGCAGCACUGUGUGUCGCUGCACUGUAUGUGACUGACUGGCCCGUGUGGCUGUGCUGUGUGUGAUCAGCCCAUGUGUGACAGCACUGUGUCGCUGCACUGUAUGUGACUGACUGUAUGUGACUGACUGGCCCAUGCGGCUGUGCUGUGUGUGAUCAGCCCAUGUGUGACAGCACUGUGUGUCGCUGCACUGUAUGUGACUGACUGUAUGUGACUGACUGGCCCGUGCGGCUUUGCUGUGUGUGAUCAGCCCAUGUGUGGCAGCACUGUGUCGCUGCACUGUAUGUGACUGACUGGCCCGUGUUGGCUGUGCUGUGUGUGAUCAGCCCAUGUGUGGCAGCACUGUGUCGCUGCACUGUAUGUGACUGACUGGCCCGUGUUGGCUGUGCUGUGUGCGAUCAGUCCAUGUGUGACAGCACUGUGUGUCGCUGCAAUGUAUGUGACUGACUGGCCCGUGUGGCUGUGCUGUGUGUGAUCAGCCCAUGCGUGACAGCACUGUGUGUAGCUGCACUGUAUGUGACUGACUGGCUCGUGUACCUGUGCUGUGUGUGAUCAGCCCAUGUGUGACAGCACUGUGUGUAGCUGCACUGUAUGUGACUGACUGACCCAUGCGGCAGUGCUGUGUGUGAUCAGCCCAUGUGUGACAGCACUGCAUGUAGCUGCACUGUAUGUGACUGACUGGCCCGUGUGGCUGUGCUGUGUGUGAACAGCCCAUGUGUGACAACACUGUGUGUAGCUGCACUGUAUGUGACUGACUGGCCCAUGCGGCUGUGCUGUGUGUGAUCAGCCCAUGUGUGACAGCACUAUGUGUCGCUGCACUGUAUGUGACUGACUGGCCCGUGUGGCUGUGCUGUGUGUGAUCAGCCCAUGUGUGGCAGCACUGUGUGUCGCUGCACUGUAUGUGUAACAGCACUGUGUGUCGCUGCACUGUAUGUGACUGACUGGCCCGUGCAGCUGUGCUGUGUGUGAUCAGCCCAUGUGUGGCAGCACUGUGUGUCGCUGCACUGUAUGUGACUGACUGGCCCGUGUGGCUGUAUUGUGCUGAAUGUGAUCAUUCUGUGUGUGACUUCACUGUUUGUGGCUGUGCUGCAUGUGGCUACACUGUGAUGGUCCCGUGUGGCUGUGCUGUGUGUGACCAGCCCAUGUGACUCUGCUGUAUGUGAUCAUCUUGUGUAUGACUGCGCUUUGUGUGGCUAUGCUGCAUGCAGCAACACUGCGAUGGCCCCGUGUGUGUGGCUGCACUGUGUGUGAUCGGCCUGAUUGGAGCUGUGCUGUGUGGGGGUGUAUCUUUAUUGCAAUGUGAACCGCAGGCCUUGCUCUAAGAACUUGAUCUCCAAGCCUGUGGCACAGAAGCAACCCCACAUGCGACCUUUAGCAGAUGCAACGUGGUGCUUUAAUUGCCGCAGAUGAUGCAUUUAAACGUUAUCUGCCUUGAUAAGUAGUGAUUGCGGUUGGGGGGGGGGGGUUGACGUAUUUUAUUGUCUGGCCUUUCCAUUGUUGAGUGAAAGGUUUGUUUCUCUGCGGGUGGAAUUUGUGUACAGAGCCCAGAUUAGAGCGGUAGGUCAGACAGCUACUCUGCUUUGAAGGAGCCAUCAGGGAUGUGCUGCGAUCUCCGGCCCCGCCGCCUGAUCUUCAGGUUAAUCAUUCUCUAUGGAUGUUGUCAUGCUCAUAGGAGGAGUAUGACUGACGCUGUCAUCCGCUUUGCAGGCUGCCAUUCUCAAUCCAGUUCCCUUCCCAUGUGCUGUUUUCACAGACGUGACCAGAUCCGUGAGGGAGGUCAUGGCCCCUGGAAGGGAGCCAGCACAUUGCUAGGUGAAAGCUUAGAGCAGGCAAGCCAGCGAGAAAAAAAACUGUUAAUUAUUGAGCUGAGGGGCGGAGCAGGCUUGGUUAAACUCUCACAGGCGGGUGGGGGUGAGCCCCAGAGAGAAAUUCCUCCUUCACGCUCACUCUAGGAACAGGCAGUGGGGAGAGGGAGGAGGCUUUAAGCAGUGGGCCAGGGUCUCUGCAGAAUCGCAAACAGCAAGUCACACCGGAGAGAGAUUCCUUCAUUGGGCACGUCUUACUCCUUCUGGGAAACUUUUCUCAACUCAUUCUUUGGACAGGCCACUGGGGGCACCACUAAUGAUGCUUGCUGUACACCUGCUCUCCUUCUACUUCUCCAAACUGCAGGAGGACCAUGUCAAAAAGGUUGAUCGCUUCCUGCAUGCCAUGCGCCUCUCCGACGAGCAGCUGCUGGACAUCUCCACCCGCUUUCGCGCCCAGAUGGAGAAAGGGCUCUCUGCUGAGAGCAAUGCCACCGCUUCCGUCAGGAUGCUUCCCACACACGUUCGCUCCACCCCCGAUGGCUCAGAGAAAGGUGAGUUCCUGGCCCUGGACCUCGGAGGCUCCAAGUUCAAGGUGCUGCUAGUGAAGGUGUCUGAGGAUGGCCGGGGGAAGGUGGAGAUGGAGAGCCAGAGCUACCCCCUCCCGGAGGAGGUGCUUGGGGGCCGUGGCACAGACCUGUUUGACCAUGUGGCUGAGUCCUUGAGGGAUUUUAUGGAGAGGAACAAGUUGGAUCUCAGCACUCAUGAGAGAAGGUCUUUGGGAUUCACUUUCUCCUUCCCCUGCAGACAGACCAAAGUGGAUGAGGGUGUGCUGCUGUCCUGGUCAAAGAAUUUCAAAGCCAGGGGGGUCCUGGGCACAGAUGUGGUGGAAUCUCUGAGGCAAGCUGUUGACAGAGUCGGGGACCUGAAGGUGAAUGUUCUUGCCCUCGUCAAUGACACGGUGGGAACCAUGAUGACCUGUGGCUUCGAUGACCGCAACUGUGAAGUCGGGGUCAUCAUAGGUACAGGCACCAAUGCCUGCUACAUGGAGGAGAUGAGGCACAUCGACCUGGUGGAGGGAGAUGAGGGUCGCAUGUGCAUCAACACUGAGUGGGGUGCUUUUGGUGACGACGGCACACUCGAUGACUUCAUCACCGAGUUUGACAGGGAGAUUGAUGCCGCCUCGGGCCACCCGGGCAAGCAGACAUUUGAGAAGAUGGUCAGUGGGAUGUACCUGGGGGAGCUGGUCCGGAUCGUUAUGCUGAAGAUGGCCAGGAGGGGGCUCCUGUUCGGGGGCCGUGUGUCGGACGCUCUGUGCACCAAAGGGAAGCUGCAGACAGCACAUGUGGCCCUCAUGGAGAUGUAUAAGGAGGGCCUGCGGAACACAUGGAACAUCCUGAUGGAACUGGGACUGCAGCCCUCUGAGGACGAUUGCGUGGCUGCACAGCAUGUCUGCACCAUUGUGUCGUUCCGUUCAGCUAACCUCUGUGCAGCAGUACUGGCAGCUAUCUUGACACGCAUCCGCGAGAACAAGCGGCUGAAGAGCCUGCGCACUACUGUGGGCAUGGAUGGCACUGUGUACCGCACCCACCCACAGUAUGCCAAGCGGCUCCACAAGGUGGUGCGCCGCCUGGUGCCCGAGUGCCACGUGCGUUUCGUGCUGUCUGAGAGUGGCAGCAGCAAGGGUGCCGCCAUGGUAACUGCAGUGGCAGGGCGGCUGCACUCGCAGCGACUGCAAGUGCGUCACAUACUGGCACCCUUCUCACUGAGUGCCGGCCAGCUGCAGCAAGUGCGUGACAGGAUGCGAGUUGACCUGGAACGUGGCCUUAGGGAGGACACACACACUGGUACCCCCGUCAAGAUGUUGCCCUCAUUUGUGUGCACCCUGCCCAGUGGAAAUGAAUGCGGGAAGUAUCUGGCCCUGGAUCUCGGCGGAACCAACUUCCGUGUCAUGGUGGUUAAGAUCCGCAGUGGCUUGCGCCGGUCCGUCCGCAUUUACAACAAGAUAUACGCCAUCCCCCUGGAGAUCAUGCAGGGCACAGGGGAGGAGCUCUUUGACCACAUUGUCCAGUGCAUCGCCGACUUCCUGGACUACAUGGGCAUGAAGAACACCCGGCUUCCCCUGGGCUUCACCUUCUCCUUCCCCUGCAGACAGACUGGCAUUGAUAAGGGGACACUGGUCAGCUGGACCAAGGGGUUCAAAGCCACAGACUGUGAAGGACACGAUGUGGUGGACAUGCUAAGAGAGGCUAUCAAGCGGAAAAAUGAAUUUGAUCUGGACAUUGUUGCCGUGGUGAAUGACACCGUGGGAACCAUGAUGACCUGCGCAUACGAAGACCCCAAAUGUGAAAUAGGCCUCAUUGCUGGUACAGGCAGCAAUGUCUGCUACAUGGAGGAGAUGAGGAACAUCGAGUGCAUGGAAGGCAAUGAGGGCAGGAUGUGCGUGAACACGGAGUGGGGUGGCUUCGGAGAGGAUGGUGCACUGCAGGACAUCUGCACUAAGUUUGACCAGGAAGUGGAUGAGGGUUCACUCAACAUGGGGAAACAAAGGUUUGAGAAGAUGACAAGCGGCAUGUACUUGGGAGAGAUUGUCAGGCAGAUCCUCAUCGAAUUAACCAGCCAAGGUCUUCUGUUUCGAGGACGAAUCACAGAGCGGCUGAAAACCCCCGGCAUCUUCGAGACCAGGUUCUUAUCCCAGAUCGAGAGUGACCGGCUGGCACUCCUCCAGGUUAGGGCCAUCCUGCAGCAGCUAGGCCUAGACAGCACGUGUGACGACAGUAUCAUCGUCAAGGAAGUGUGCGGGGUUGUGUCCCGUCGGGCAGCACAGCUCUGUGGGGCUGGCCUAGCUGCCGUUGUUGACAAGAUCCGGGAGAACCGUGGGCUGGAUCACCUGAAUAUUACCGUGGGGGUUGACGGCACACUCUACAAGCUCCACCCACACUUUUCCACCAUCCUGAAGGAGACCGUGAAUGCCUUGGCGCCCCUGUGUGAUGUCACUUUCGUCCUCUCAGAGGACGGCAGUGGGAAGGGGGCUGCCCUCAUCACGGCUGUGGCAUGUAGCCUCUGCAGAGGGGUGUAACUGCCUUUUAGCACAUAGAGCGUGUAGGGAGGCGGUAUAAAAUAUGCUAGAAGACAGGACAUUUUCAAGGAUCCAGGCCACUCUUCUGACAGCUGGGUAUUUUUAAUAUCAAACACACUCAUAAAACCACAUUACUUUAAAAUUAUUGAUUUUUGAAUGUUUGAUUUGUUCGUAUUUUUUAGUUCAUUUAUGAUUUUUGGUGAUAUAAGUGCUUAUAUUACAUCCAGGUUGAUCUUUAUGCGUUGCAUACAAAAUUAAUAAAAUGUGGUUUUUCAACAAUUGGACAAACUAGCUGUGUCUCAUAUCAGGUAGGAAGCAACAUUGAACACUGAGCUUAAGAUGUUAAAUAGGAUAUUUUAGAUGCUUAGCUGAUAUGAUGUACAUUGUAUGUUUGCCUAGCAUAAUUGUAGCAUUAGUAAAAUACCAAGAAUCCAUGUCAAAUCGUUGGUUCCCUGACCUUAUGUUAAUGUUAUCUGAUUUGUUAGCAUUUCCAGUAUGUAAUUGCCAGGGUUCUCAAGUUUAAUUGAAAUUUUGUAGUGAGAUCACAUCUAUUAGGGAUGGAGCAUGUGUCUCAUGGUCCAAAUUGUGAGAUUUGAGAACCCUCCCUACUGCACUCAUCCUAUUUUGUUCUUUCACCCUUACCUUGUCUGCACUCUAUCUGUGUGCAAAACCAUAUAAUAAUGUGUUUGUAGUAGGAUGACAUGUAACUGUGAUUGGCUGGUAGGUGGCUAUUAACUCUUUAUAACUGGAGACAGCUAUGAAUGUGGUGGAAUACUCCAUAUGCCUGUGCAUCGUUAAUUCUGUACAAUAGGACACCUUGGUGGGCAUUAACCCUAACUUCUCAGCGUGAGAAACACAAGGUGUGGCGUGUGAGCAUGUAAAAUAGUUGAAAUGCAUGUGUCUCACAGCCAAUGUAUAUUAUUUGUUAGCAUUAGCAUACUGGAAAUGCUAUCUGCUUUGUUAGCGUAUUCAGUGUGCUAACACUAUCUGCAGGGAUGCACAUAACUGGUAUGACUGGUCUUGUCAUAACAUAAAUAUAAAAUAUGAAUUUGUGCAGCUACGACAAGAAAUCGCAGUGGCUAUCACUUUAUAUGGUGAAUACAUACUUACGUGCCAGUCAUGUGCAUCUCUGGCUCUCUGUAUUGCUAGAAUUGCUAUCUACUUGGUUAAUUGCAUAGCAAAUUAUGUUUUUCAGUUAUUAUCCACAUGACCCGGUAUACAUAUAGUUUGAAUGUUGAGAAAGACUUAUUUUGUGUAUAUGAAAAAAUCAUGUAAUUAUCCAUAUAUAAUUUGACUGUCCUAAAUUAAUGUCUUAUAUUUAUCUCAUUCUAUGGAAGUGCUCCAUGUUUAAAAACCUCAUUAUAAAAAUCCUUUAGCUAAAGACUUAGCAGAUUACAAGACAAAUCUUAUUCUAGAUAACAAAAGUUUUAUACACCUAUUUGGACCUAAAUUUUAUGAAAUACUGUUCCGAUAAGAGUCUUCAUUGUUUUUGAGGUACAAUGCUGCUUCUCUUUAGCCCAAAGUUGGUGCAACAAAUUGUACUGAAGUGGAGCCACAUAGGCACGUAUGCACAUGUUUGUAUUUAUAUCUUUGUGAGGACCAUCCAUUAAUUUCUGUGGGAAAAGCCCUAAUGGCAAAUAUCUGCUACCCAGUCCUGACCUUAACCAAUAAGAAACCAAACAAAAUACAAGAUUUUUGCCAUUUUUAGUGUUUUGAUUGCAGUCACAGAAAAUUGAGAAAGUAAAAUCGCCCCUUUUGUAAUAUAUAUUAAUGUAAAUUGAUAUAUUAGAAAAAAUAUUGAAAAUUGAAUCUCGUAACAGUGGUCAAAUAUUAUUGUACUUAUAUGUAAAUGUAUAAAAAGCUCCACUUCAAAUGUUGUGGUUAUUCCUUUGAGCCAAAUCAGGAGUUAGGAAUUGCUUGAGUAUAAUUCCAAAGUCAGUCUUUUAUUGCAUCCACAUGGGUUACAUCCGAGACUGGACACCCUGCAGGAGUGUGUCUCAUAUUGAAUUAUACUAAUAAUAAUAACUGAUUCUUUAUUGAUCCCUGUGUGUACUCUUUGUAGAGUAAGUUGUCCAUGAAAGGCAGCCUCCUGUAGCAGCACCCAGGGAGCUGGGGGUUAAGGGCAUUGCUGAAGGACCUGAAGAUGUGCUGAAGCUGGGUUUGAACUGGGGACUCGAUUACAAGCACACCAGCUUAGCCCACAGAGCCACAUACUGCCCCCCAAUCAUUCCAAGCCUCAUCUUUCUGGACCAACUGCAAUAAUUGUGCUUCCUUUCCAGGGCUUAUCAGUGUCUUCACUGUUAUUUUGUCUUUUGGGGUCCAGUUACUUCUCUGCCCCUAUAUAUAAUUUCCUGUUUUGGUCAAAACUUCCAGAAACACAGUCAUAGCAAGAUGGCCUCCACAAUGUUUUAUAGUCUUAGCAGAGAUCCCAAAACCGACCAAGGGCAUUACAGGGGAGACUUGAGCAAAACCCUCAAGGAGUACCAUGAAAACCCAGGUGUUUUCAAAAAUGACAAUUGAUAAUCUUAGCACUGUCAGCUGGCUAUAAGUUGCUUAGCUACAAAGCCAGUUAUAUUCUUAGGUCUUCAACAUAGUGAUAAGCUUCAGCACCAACAAAGGCACAUAGUUAUACA